CAGAGAGAGCACAUGGCUUCCUACAGAUUGUAGCUGACACCCGGCAUUAGCUUGCUCCCUUCCCGCUGAGAAUUUAGAUGGGAUGUGAAGGCUGAAUUAAUCACCUCCUCUCUCCCAUUUGGGGGAGUUCUCCUCCUGAUUUUUAUUUGAUCUUUCUCCAGCACAUUUUUUUGGUUUGCUCUUCCUUUUUCCAUCCCUUUUUGAGGUUUCUGUCUCUAUCACGGCAGGUGACGCGAUGCCACGUGAGACUAAGGAGCAAAAUUCUCAUCAAGAAGAUGCUGAGCAAGUAGAAUCACACGGUGCAUUAUCGCAAAGAUCAGCAGGGAAUGUGACCACAAUUCAUGAGCAGGGAAACUCCUGCGAGAUUCAGCACAGAACAGAGAGAGAGCAGGGAAACCAGCCAGGGGAGAAAUCGGGUACUUUAAUUUACUGUUGGGGAACUCAGAAGGACCUCAUGGAAACUACAGCCCAGCAGGAAAUCCCCAGGGGAAAGAGAAAAAAUACAUGCAGUGAGUGCGGGAAAACCUUAAGUUGCUGCUCAGCCCUUAUUAGACAUCAGAGAAUCCACACCGGUGAGAAGCCUUAUGAAUGCAGCGAGUGUGGGAAAACCUUCGCUCAGAACUCAAACCUCACUACUCAUCGGAGGAUCCACACGGGGGAGAAACCCUACGAAUGCGGCGAGUGCGGGAAAAGAUUCACUCAGAGCUCAGAACUUACAGCGCAUCACAGAAGCCACACGGGUGAGAGACCCUAUGAAUGCGGCGAGUGCGGGCAAAGAUUCACUCAGAACUCAGCACUUACAGUGCAUCACAGAAUCCACACGGGAGAGAAACCCUACGAAUGCGGCGAGUGUGGGAAAACCUUCGUUCGGAGCUCAGAACUUACAGUGCAUCACAGAAACCACACGGGUGAGAGACCCUAUGAAUGCGGUGAGUGUGGGAAAACCUUCGCUCGGAGCUCAGACCUGACGAUGCAUCAGAGAAUCCACACAAGAGAGAGACCCUGUGAAUGCAGCGAGUGUGGGACAAAUUUCAGUGGCAGCUCGGCCUUUCUUCAACAUCAGAGAAUCCAUGUUUGCCACGAAUGCGGGAAAACCUUCGCUCAGAGCUCAGUCCUGACUACGCACCAGAGAAUCCACACAGGGGACAGGCCCUACAAAUGCAGCGAGUGCGGGAAAACCUUCGCUCACAGCUCAAACUUCAUUCAGCAUCAGAGAAUCCACACGGAGGAGAAACCUUACAAGUGUGGUGAGUGCGGGAGAGGCUUCACUCAGCGCUCGAGCCUCCCUACGCAUCAGCUAAUCCACACGAAGGAAAAGCCCUACGGAUGCUUUGAGUGCGGGAAAGACUUCACUAACCGAUCAGGCCUUGUUAACCAUCAGCGAACCCACACAGGGGAGAAACCGUAUGAAUGCCUUGAGUGCGGGAAAAGCUUCGCUCACAGCUCAGCCCUCAUCGUACAUUGGAGAAUCCACACAGGGGAGAGGCCCUAUGAAUGCCGUGAGUGUGGGAAAAGCUUCUAUAGCAGCUCAGCCCUUUCUACACAUCAGAAAACCCACACAGGAGAGAAGCCCUAUGAAUGCUGUGAGUGCGGGAAAUGCUUCGCUAGCAGCUCAGCCCUUUCUACACAUCAGAAAACCCACACAGGAGAGAAGCCCUACGAAUGCCGGGAGUGUGGGAAGAGCUUCGCUAGCAGCUCACAGUUUUGUGAACAUCAGAGAAUGCACACAGGGGAGCGGCCCUAUAGAUGCCGUGAGUGCGGGAAAAGCUACAUUAGCAGCUCAGCCCUUCGUCACCAUCAGAGAAUCCACACAGGAGAGAGGCCCUAUAGAUGCCGUGAGUGCGGGAAAAGCUACCUUGGCAGCUCAGCCCUUCAUUACCAUCAGAGAAUCCACACAGGGGAGAGGCCCUAUAGAUGCCUUGAGUGUGGGGAAAGCUACAUUAGCAGCUCAGCCCUUUGUUACCAUCAGAGAAUCCACACAGGGGAGAGGCCCUAUAGAUGCCAUGAGUGCGGGAAAAGCUAUAGUAGCAGCUCAGCCCUUCGUUACCAUCAGAGAAUCCACACAGGCGAGCGGCCCUAUCAGUGUUGUGAGUGUGGGAAAAGCUUCACCCAGAGCUCAGAACUUUCGACACAUCAGACAAUGCACACGGCAGAGACACCCUCCGAAGGCCGUGAUGAGUGCGGGAAAGCCUUUAGUUGCUGCUCAGCCCUUAUUAAACACCAGAGAAUCCACACGGGUGAGAAACCUUAUGAAUGCAGCAAGUGCGGGAAAACCUUCACGCAGAACUCAAACCUCAUUAGACAUCAGAGGAUCCACACGGGGGAGAAACCCUACGAGUGCGGCGAGUGCAGGAAAAGCUUCACUCACAACUCAAACCUUCUUGUCCACCAGAGACUCCACACGGGGGAGAAACCCUACCGAUGCGGCGAGUGCGGGAAAAGAUUCACCCACAGCUCAGAACUUACCACGCACCAGAGAAUCCACACCGGGGAGAAGCCCUAUCGGUGCUGCGAGUGCGGGAAACGCUUCACGGCCAGCUCGGCACUCAUUACGCACCAGAGAAUCCACACCGGGGAGAAGCCCUAUCGGUGCUGCGAGUGCGGGAAAAGCUUCGCUGUCUGCUCAGCGCUCAUUACGCACCAUAGAGUCCACACAGGAGAGAGACCCUAUGAAUGCUGCCAGUGUGGGACAAACUUCAGUGACAGCUCAGCCUUCCUUCAGCACCAGCGAAUCCACACGGGAGAGAGACCCUACGUAUGCUGCGAGUGCGGGAAAAGCUUCACUCGCAGCUCAGAUCUGACUACGCAUCAGAGGAUCCACACGGGAGAGAGGCCCUACGAGUGCGGCGAGUGCGGGAAAAGCUUCACUCAGAACUCAAACCUCAUCGCGCACCAGAGAAUCCACGCAGCCGAGAAGCCCUACGGAUGCGUCGAGUGCGGGAAAAGCUUCACGCGGAGCUCAAACCUCAUCGCGCAUCGGAGGAUCCACACAAAGGAAAAGCCCUAUGAAUGCUGUGAGUGCGGGAAAAGCUUCACCGACAACUCGGCUCUUAUCACGCAUCAGAGGAUCCACACGGGGGAGAAACCCUACGGAUGCCGCGAGUGCGGGAAAACCUUCACUCAGAGCUCAAACCUCAUCGCACAUCGGAGGAUCCACACGGGGGAGAGGCCCUAUGAAUGCCGCGAGUGCGGGAAAAGCUUCACUCAGAGCUCACAACUUUCUACGCAUCAGAGAAUCCACACGGCAGAGACACCCUCCAAAUGCUAAAAGAACAGGAGGCCUUGUGGCACCUCAGAGACUAACAAAUUUAUUUGAGCAUAAGCUUUCCUGGGCCAGAGCAGGAACCGUCCCCAUCCCGGUGCCAGUGGUAAGCCCAUAAAGCCAGAGGAAGAACUGCAGCUAACAGCCACCCCCCCCACCCCCGGCAG